AUGAAGGACCGGCUGGAGCAGCUGAAGGCCAAGCAGCUGACGCAGGAUGACGACGCCGAUGAGGUCGAGAUCGCUGUUGACAACACAGCUUUCAUGGACGAGUUCUUCUCCGAGAUCGAGGAGACGCGAGUCAACAUUGACAAGAUCUCCGAGCACGUGGAGGAAGCGAAAAGGCUCUACAGUGUCAUCCUGUCUGCGCCCAUCCCCGAGCCAAAAACCAAGGACGACCUGGAGCAGCUCACUGCCGAGAUCAAGAAGAGGGCGAACAGUGUCCGGAACAGGCUGAAGAGCAUGGAGCAGCACAUCGAGGGGGACGAGGUGCGGUCGUCGGCAGACCUUCGGAUCCGCAAAUCCCAGCACUCUGUCCUGUCCCGGAAGUUUGUGGAGGUGAUGACCAAGUACAACGAGGCCCAGGUGGACUUCCGUGAGCGCAGCAAAGGGCGGAUCCAGCGGCAGCUCGAGAUCACCGGCAAAAAGACCACCGACGAGGAGCUGGAGGAGAUGCUGGAGAGUGGGAACCCUGCCAUCUUCACCUCGGGGAUCAUCGACUCUCAGAUUUCCAAGCAAGCCCUCAGCGAGAUCGAGGGCCGGCACAAGGACAUCGUGAGGCUGGAGAGCAGCAUCAAGGAGCUCCACGACAUGUUCAUGGACAUCGCCAUGCUGGUGGAGAACCAGGGGGAGAUGUUAGAUAACAUAGAGCUGAAUGUCAUGCACACGGUGGACCAUGUGGAGAAAGCUCGGGAGGAGACCAAAAGAGCCGUGAAGUACCAGGGUCAGGCCCGGAAGGGCGCCAUGAUUGACCGUAUUGAGAACAACAUGGACCAGUCCGUGGGCUUCGUGGAGCGGGCCGUGGCAGACACCAAAAAGGCGGUCAAGUAUCAGAGUGAAGCUCGCAGGAAGAAGAUCAUGAUCAUGAUCUGCUGUGUUAUCCUUGCGAUCAUCUUAGCUUCUACUAUUGGGGGCAUAUUUGCCUGA